AUGAUUAUUCUCGCCUGCCCUGCCGUCGAUAGUGGCUGGGAUUGCUUAUCGUAUGAUUUUGGGAGAAUGUCCAAGCUCAGAUCGGCGCAUUCGGUAGCGAGGUCCGUCGCGCGUGUUCUUCAAUGGAACGACAUCAACGUUCGUUCCUUCUGGAGUUCGCGGGCGACCGAGGUUAUUGAAGAUCAGCAGGUCAGCGAACAUCCUGAACGCGAACCGCCAAACGCGACGUAUCACGCGACGCGACGCGACGCGACUUCGAAAGCAAAAGAGCAUAAAGAGGAGAAAUAG